AUGGAGAUGCUCGUUUUGGCCCUCGCUUGGCUUGGAGGCAUCAACGCCGCCACCGCCAAUUCGCAAAGUGAAGGUGCCAAUUUAACCCAAGAGAACCACAGCGUCCAGUGCUUUACUUACCUAUCGACAUAUCUGGCCCCUGUUCGCUCACGAGUUCAGUCCCCCAUACCUACAUUUGAGAAGGAUGACGGGAGAAACACCCAGACGACAUUUUACACAAGUAGCGUCAGGAACAUUCGAGACUCUUAA